AAAACCACCAUUUAUGAAGAUGAAACUCUUAAUGAUAAUGAAAAAAAUGAAGCAAUAAGGAUUUUAAGUAAACGAUAUGAAUAUGAUAAAAUCAUUUAUAAUGAAGGGGAAAGGAGAACUUGUGAAAAUUGUCAAAACGAAUGUUUGGCAAUAUUAUAUUGUGAAUAUUGUAUAAGAAAUUAUUUAAAAACAAAAUUUAAUGAUUGGACAUCAGGAAAUGUUGAUAUUGAUCACUUAAUACAACAAUGUCAAUUAGAAUCAAUUGGUCCAAAUAAGAUAAUUGAAUGGGUUCCUUACAAUAAGUUAUUAAGCAUUGAAUACUUAACUAAGGGUGGUUUCUCUGAAAUCUAUUCAGCAUAUUGGGAAGAUGGACAUUAUAAUGAAUGGAAUUCUGAAAAGCAACAAUUAGAAAGGUAUGGAAAAGAGAAAGUAAUUGUUAAAAGGUUGGAAAAUGUUAAGAAUGCCAACAGAAGUUGGUUUGAAGAG